UUUUUUUAAGUGGAGAAGCGGAGCGAGUAGGUUUGGGAUUAAGGUGGAGAGCAUCCUGCACACUAUAUCCUUUUUUAAAGUCUAAAGAUGAGGCAGGAUUUAGGGUGCAUAUUGGCUCUUUUCUUACUGCCUUGUGUGAUAAUCUUCAGCAGCGUGCUAUGUUCCACUGCUGCUGAUGGACUUCUCUACAAGAACCGCUACGCUGGCGAUCAAGUCUUUAGGAUAACCCCGAGUAAUGACCAGGAGGUGCACACGCUCAGGAAUAUUCUACACCGCAUCAAGGUGGACCUCUGGCAUCCUAACAGUGUUUCCCUGAUCAGCUUCAAUGCAACAGUGGACGUACACAUUAAACAUAAAGACACACAAGGACUACAUGCCAGAUUAAAGCAGGAAGGUAUCCAAUACAGGGUUUUCAUCACCAAUCUGCAGGAGGAAAUUGAAAAGCAGCAGACGGGACGCCGCUCCUCCCGCCAACGGAGGUCAGAGAGUCAGUACGACUAUGAGGUCUACCACUCCCUGGAAGAGAUCCAGAAGUGGAUGUUUGACCUCAACACAACUCAUCCUCACCUACUUGACAUGUUCUCUAUCGGGACGUCCUAUGAGGGACGACCGCUUCAUGUCCUUCAGCUAGGAAAGAGAAGUCGCCCCCAGAAAAAAGCCGUCUGGAUCGACUGCGGAGUUCACGCCAGAGAGUGGAUAGGACCCGCCUUCUGCCAGUGGUUUGUCAAAGAGGCCCUGCUGUCCUACCAGUAUGACUCAGGCAUGCGACGGCUGCUCAACCAGCUCAAUUUUUAUAUCAUGCCAGUCUUCAACGUGGAUGGAUACCACUUCAGCUGGACCAAAGAUCGUUUCUGGAGGAAGACACGAUCCAAGAACCCCAAGUUCCAUUGCAGAGGAGUUGACGCUAACAGAAACUGGAAAGUGAAAUGGUGUGAAGAGGGGGCGUCCUCCCACCCCUGUGAUGACACGUACUGUGGACCCUUCCCCGAGUCGGAACCCGAGGUCAGGGCAGUGGCCAAGUUCCUGCGCAAGCACAAGAAGCGCGUCAGAGCCUACAUCUCCAUCCACGCGUACGCACAAAUGCUCCUCUACCCGUACUCUUACAAGUACGCCACCAUCCCCAACUUCAACUGCGUGGAGUCGACAGCUCACAAUGCAGUGACAGCGCUUUAUUCAGCCUAUGGAGUUAAGUACAGAUAUGGACCUGCUUCUACAACCCUUUAUGUUAGCUCAGGCAGUUCCAUAGACUGGGCCUACAGGAAUGGCAUCCCGUACGCGUUUGCAUUUGAGUUGAGGGACACAGGCUACUUCGGCUUCCUGCUGCCAGAGUCACUGAUCAACCCCACGUGCACUGAGACCAUGAGGGCGGUGAAGGCCAUCGCCUCAGGCCUGCUAAAGAAGUGUCACACCCACAGCAACACCGGCACAUUACCAUAAGUACAAAUACACUCCUGGCUCCUCCUUACAUUUGCUUUUAAUACAAAUACUGUCUCAUUCUAUGAAAAUCAGAAAAAUAAGCUUCUCGCAGUAAGUGGCGGCCAUUGGAGCACUUGUCAUGAGCCAGCGGCACUUUGAUGACUCAGCAGUAAAGUACCAAAAAUUGCUUUCUAGUGGACCACAAAACCUAUGAACUCCUCCAUUGCUGCAACACUGUUUUUUGUCAGCUGUAUGUUUUUUGUGUUAUUGGGAAGAAACAACCUGUCAGUUUAAUUAUAUUGUGUCAUUACUCAGGUAUGGACGACAAAUGUUUACUUUGGACAACUUAAUAGUGUUUGAGUGUGUUA